CGCAGUAAUCGCCAACACGACAACCACUGGCGAUCGGGAAAUUGGCGGCUUACUGAGAAAGACGUCUGAACUCUAGACAUUGAAACUGUUACAGGUAAAUUUUCUUUUUGAAUGUGAUGGAAUAACUUUAAAAUAAGUUCUAAUAGUAAUUGUUUUCUUUAUUUAAUUUGUCACACAGCAUCUGGAUGUCACCAUGCCUGUGUCUCUCGGUGAGUGGCGUGUCAGGAUUGGCACGUUUAUACGUCGGCGGAAGAAAGAAUAUGACUACAACUACUUUUCGAGGAAACUUUUCAACUUGAUCAAAAGAGCCAAGAAUUUUCAGUCACCCGAAGAAAACAACUCAGAAUGUAAUACUUCUCAGACUCAGUCACAAUGUGACGGUCCAGAGUGUGAUGCUGUCAAGGAGAGUGGAUCCUCGUGUGAUGUUAAAAGCCCCGGACCUAACGAGGUCUCUCACUCUGAGUCUUCGUGCGCUGAAAACAGUAGUUCUCCAACAGCAAAUGAGACCAACCCUCUCCAUGAUACCACUGACGUUCAGAACCCAGAUCCCCGACCAUGUACGGAAGAUACAGUGGACAAUAAAAACAUAGCCAUUAAUCUCAUGUCACCUGACUACCCCACCAAAUCCUCUCAAAUAAGUAAAACAGACCAACCCGAAGUUGGCACAUCAGAGUCGUACUCACAUGUACCUGCAGCCGUUCCUGGUGAGCCAGCUCGUAUCAAACUACACAAGGAGGAGACAUCAAACUCUACACCGUCGAGGAUAGAGGACCAAUCAUUGGGCUUAUCGCCUAAACCCAGCCAAGAUACAACGAGAAAUACCGAGCAAACAACACCAUCUAUCAAGAAAGUAAGGGAAUAUCAUGGAUCACCGACCUUUCCGGUCCUCGGAUCAGGGAUAACUAGCGGUAAAGCAGAUGCAAUCAAAGGGAAUGGCUGUCCAGGCAUGAACAACAUACUCCUAUUGAGAUCCGGUGACGUAGAACGAAACCCUGGUCCUAACGAUAACCCUGGAAUUCUUACCGAGCUCGAGCUCUAUCUCCUUGCCGACGGUAUGGAUCCCUCAGAUUUCAGGAAGGUCGGACUAGCUUUAGGAUCCACUGAGGCUCAACUAAGUCGGUUUGAGAAAGACAAGCCUGGCAACUCCAUGGGAGCUACCUAUCAGAUGCUUUACGAAUGGCGGAAGACAGUACAAGAAAGUGAGGCGAGGGAUAUACUAGUCAACAAGUUAGACAGCAUUAAACUGGUUCAACUUGCUGAUAGUGUACGGAGAGGUCAGGUUGGUGAUCAUAUACCGUCAAUGACAGAGAAGGAAAUCGAUCGGGUUGCUGAAGAUGUCAAACGCUAUUUGGCAAUUCUUCUAUGUCAGAUUCAAGCCGAUCCACUGAACAGCGAACUUGUACUUGCAUUUGAACGCAUCUUCACCAAUCUAACGUUAAUGGAAGAAGACAAAGGUACCAAGCGCAAGGCACCGCUUCUAUACGACGACCUCCUCGGGACCAAAGUCAACGGAAUCUAUCCUAAACGCUUGUUGGUGGAAGGUGAAGGUGGUGUGGGGAAGACCACUUUUUGCGCCAAGAUUGCUUGGGAUUGGAUCCACGGAAAAGGCUACAAAGAUUUCAAACUUGUCCUUGUCGUCCUCCUUCGCGAGGCAAAGGACAAGACUGUUGGAGAGGUAGUGAAGUCAUAUCUUUCUGACAACAAUCCGGUCACAGCCAAGCAGCUAGACAAGUACAUCCUCUCAAAUCCAGAUGACGUCCUUCUAGUCCUGGACGGCCUAGAUGAGUUUGCUGUCGAUCUUAACAGCACUCAGCAAAUCGCCCUGAUCACCCUCAAUCGGUUGUUCAAAUCAGGCACAGUACUAAUCACAUCACGGCAAUGGAGAUCAGAUGAGAUUAGGAAGAAUGCCUAUCUCAGGAAGGUGUUUGCUUUCAUUGCCAUAGAAGGUUUCUCUCCUGAAAACCUCUCUUCUUACAUCACCAAGUUCUUUCAUCCAGACAAAGCUUCCUCUGAAGAUCUGAGCCGAUUCAUAUCAAAUAACGCUGUGAUAAGAGAGAACAUGGCUCCCUACCCCAUAUACACAGCCAUGCUGUGUAUCAUGUGGAAAGAGUUUGAUGGAGAGCGCCGAGAGGCAAUGUCCAAGCUGCAAACAUUCUCCCAGCUAUUCGAUGAGAUGGUUCGAUUUUUGGUUGAUCAUUACCUCUCCAAGCUCACUGUACCCUCAGCAGAUGCUGAUGAAAAAUUGGAUGAAAACCGCUCGGAAAUUCUUAAUCAUGAGAUUUACAUUGGUUGUGUUGCCUUCCAGGGUCUUCUCGAGAGACGGUUGGUGUUCAGUGAAGAAGAGUUUCAGAGCUGCCCGGGAUCUGUGGAUACAGGUUGUAAAGUUGGAGUACUUACUAAAGAAAAGCAUAUUCCUUCGAGGAGAGACAGAAGACAUCAUUCCCACUCUGCAGGCUUAGCUGUGCAGUUUCCCCAUAAGCUAUUCCAGGAGUAUCUAUCUGGAAUGUAUCUUGCAUCUCUCUACAACUCGAACCGUAAUGAGUAUGACAAGUUGAUAGCGAAUAUCAUACCGAAAGCAGAGGAAUACCGGUACCUACUGUAUUUCACCGCGGCCCAGCAGAAGGAGAUCGGCUUGGAUAUUGUAUCUCUUCUCAUAACGUCGAAGAGUGAGCAUCGCCCUACUGAAAACUUCAUCGUUGAUGUAGCAUUUGAGAGCCAAGACCAAUCAGUAGCCAAAUCAGUGGCGGAUCAUCUCUACCGUUAUCCCGGUAAGACACUGGAGAUCACUGGAGAGAUGCAGGUACACACAGUAUCAGGGCAUAUUUUCGUGAUGAAUCACCGUGAACCGGAUGACCUGAUUAUUAGGGGUUCACGUGGACGGACGGUUUCAGAGGAUCUGGCUGAAUUCAUAUGCUCAUCACGAUCACUGAGAUUUGUGGCGAUCGUUCAUGUUAUACAUGACGUCUUCUACUCGGUGCUUGCGAAUAAAGCUGUCGAUUCCAAGAUGGAGACUCUUCACACCCAGCUUGAUGAUCUCAAAGAACGUCCCGCUGCAUCACGUGAUCUCGCUCAGUUCAUCUGCAAGAUGCCUCAUCUGAAGAAACUGACACUCCGUUAUAUAGGCCGCAUGCACGAUGCCUUCUACUCAACAUUAUCGUCAGAAGCGUCAUCUGCAAAGAUUGAGACUCUUGACAUCCAGCUUGAUGAUCUCAGUGAACGUCCCGCUGCAUCACGUGAUCUCGCUCAGUUCUUCUGCAAGAUGCCUUAUCUGAAGAAACUGACAUUCCGUUGUGGAGGCCUUAUGCACGAUGACUUCUACUCAACAUCUUCGUCGAUAGCGUCAUCUGCAAAGAUUGAGACUCUUGCCAUCCAGCUCGAUGAUCUCAGUGAACGUCCCUUUGCAUCUCGCGGUCUUGCUGAGUUCAUCUGCAAGAUGCCUCAUCUGAAGAACCUUACACUCUAUGGGCAAGAGAGCUGGGAUAAUUACAAACUUCACGAUGCCUUCUACUCAACAUUUUCGUCGAUGGCGUCAUCUUCAAAGAUUGAGACUCUUCACAUCCAUCUUGAUAAUCUCAGUGAACGUCCCUCUGCAUCACGUGAUCUCGCUCAGGUCAUCUGCAAGUUGCCUCAUCUGAAGAACCUUACACUCAAUGGGCAAAAGGGCUGGGAUGAUUUCUCACUUCACAAUGACUUCUUCUCAACAUUUUCGUCAAUGGCGUCAUCUGCAAAGAUUGAGACUCUUGACAUCCAGCUUGAUGAUCUCAGUGAACGUCCCUCUGCAUCACGUGAUCUCGCUCAGGUCCUCUGCAAGAUGCCUCAUCUGAAGAACCUGACAGUCAGUUGUGAACGCCAAAUGCAUGAUGCCUUCUACUCAACAUUAUCGUCGGAAGCCUCGUCUGCAAAGAUUGAGACUCUUCACAUCCGACUUAGUGAUCUCAGUGAACGUCCCUCUGCAUCACGUAAUCUUGCUCAGUUCAUCUGCAAGAUGCCUCAUUUGAAGAACCUGACACUCCUUUGUGCACGCUGCAUGAACGAUGACUUCUACUCAACAGCUGCGUUGAUAGCGUCAUCUGCAAAGAUUGAGACUCUUGUCAUCAGGCUCCACAAUCUCAGUGAUCGUCCUUCUGAAUCUCGCGGUCUUGCUGAGUUCAUCUGCAAGAUGCCUCAUCUGAAGAACCUGACACUCACUAGUCGAGGUAGCCUAAACGAUGACUUCUACUCAAAAUCUUCGUCGCUAGCGUCAUCUGCAAAGAUUGAGACACUUGACUUCCAGCUUGAUGAUUUCAGUGAACGUCCCACUGCAUCCCGUGAUCUCGCUCAGUUCUUCUGCAAGAUGCCUUAUCUGAAAAACCUUACACUCAGUUGUGGAGACUGCAUGAACGAUACCUUCUACUCAACAUCACCGCCGAUGGCAUUGUCUGCAAAGGGUGAGAGUGGUAGCACGGGCUUGGCCACCCUGACUGAGCUGACAGUGGAUAAUAUGACACUACGAGGAUGGCGGGAUUGUGGUUCGAUGUUUGACAAUGUGAAGAAGGUCACGAUAAGGGUACGGAGCACGAUCACAUAUGACGUCAUCCGGAGGAUCCAUCUCCCAGGAGCAACAGAACUCACCAUUCUAAAAGAGGUGUAUGGAGAUCGACAUUCUGGUUUCAUAAAGGAGCCCCCUUUAAUACCCAAUGCCCUUCUGAAUAUCUCCCCUCAGCUAGUCAAGGUGACAUUUAGCGAUCUUGCCAUUGGUAACAUUUACAUGGAACGAAUCUUACUAGCUUUCAGAAUACCUCACAACCUCAAACAUCUGAAGACUAUCAGAUUCAUAAGAUGCCGGACAGAUGAGAGAGUGGAUGAUGUCAUCAUUGCUUGUAAUGAAGAUCAGGUCAUUAAGGUGGAGGUGCAGCAUGGCGAACCACGUGGCCUUGGUGAAUGGGCUUAACUUAUCUGGCAGAUGACAUCCUACUCGAUCUGAUCACUGAGACGGAUGACGAAAUACCAGCUCAA